CUCCACUUUCCCUCACCAGCUCUGUAAUCCCCACAUCAUGUUUGGAGAGCACUGUGGUCUCCCUUCAGAGCGAACACUGCUCAGCCACCCCACCAAAACUGGACUUCACUGCAAAAUGGUGCUUCAGGCCGUCAGCAAAGUGCUCAGGAAGUCUAAAGCUAAGCCAAACGGCAAGAAACCUGCUGCAGAGGAGAAGAAGGUGUACCUGGAGCCGGAGCACACCAAGUCCAGGAUCACUGACUUUGAGUUCAAGGAGCUGGUAGUGCUGCCCCGGGAGAUCGACCUCAACGAGUGGCUGGCCAGCAACACAACAACAUUUUUUCACCACAUCAACCUGCAGUAUAGCACAAUCUCAGAAUUUUGCACAGGAGAGACGUGUCAGACAAUGGCUGUGUGCAACACACAAUACUACUGGUAUGACGAGCGGGGGAAGAAGGUCAAGUGCACCGCCCCCCAGUAUGUUGACUUUGUCAUGAGCUCUGUGCAGAAGCUGGUAACUGAUGAAGAUGUGUUUCCCACAAAAUACGGCAGAGAAUUCCCCAGCUCCUUCGAGUCCUUGGUGAAGAAGAUCUGCAAGUAUCUGUUUCACGUGUUGGGCCACAUCUACUGGGCCCACUUCAAGGAGACGCUGGCCCUUGAGCUGCACGGACACUUGAACACACUGUACGUGCACUUCAUCCUCUUUGCCAGAGAGUUCAACCUGCUCGACCCCAAAGAAACCGCUGUCAUGGACGACCUCACUGAGGUGCUGUGCAGCAGCCCAGGUAGCAGUGGUGCCACUGGGGAUGGGGCCAGCAGUGGAGCUUCUGGAGCACAGAACCAUGUGAAGGAGAGAUGAGCCUCCAGGGCCAGAUGGGUGCACAUGUGCAAAGAGACAACUAUGUGUCGGUGUGUGCGCACACAUGCCCAGGCGUGCUGAUGGCAAGGUCUGAGGGCCCGGGCUGCUCAGAGUGUGGACUCCAUGGAUGCCGCUGGAGUCAAGGCGUGUUUCCUGACUUUCCUGUUGGAUGGAUGAGUGCUGUUUGUAGUGAAGAGCCUUUGGAGUCAUUCAUUCAUUCAACAAACAUUUAUUGGACUGAUGUUUUGAUUUUUCUUCUGUGGGGUUUUCCUUUCUUGGGUCUUCCAUAUGGCUCUUGCCCUCCCCUUCCCUCUGGGGAAAGGGGCUCUGUGGCUUUGAAAGAAGCACCUUGUGAGGUGUCUCUCCCUUAUAGGGCUUGCCCUGCAGACCUGGAGUUCUGCUGUGCUUUGGGGAUGGCCUUUUACAGAGGCUCACCCUGCAGUUUCCUCCCUAGCCCUUGCCUGGAUUUUGGCUCAGAGUCCCUGGGGUAGAGGGGCCUGGGGAGACCCAGGAGGGCCCACACCUGCUGCUUGCUCCUAUCAACCCCUUCUUGCUGCCUCCUCAGUGCCCAAGGAGGUCCCAUUUUGCAUAGGGGCCAGGGCAGUACCAGGACCUCUCUGAGGCUCUGUGUGGAGACAGAGCUGUCAGUGAAAGGCAGAAUCUGCUUUAGUUCAUCUGUUCAGACAUAAUAAAAAGAAUUCUCUCAGGUCA